UAGAAAACACCCAAAGUGAGGUUAUGUGCUUGGCGGUAAAGUAGGAAGCUCCCCAAAAUUAAGAAAAUCCGUGUAAAUCAGAGGAAAUCAUGAGAAGAUCUUCAGCCCCUUCGGUGAAAAGACAACUUGGGGUACUGCCCACACAUUCGGGGACAAAUGAAGUCAGUGGGAGCAAGCAAAAGAAGAUUUCAGAGCGUGUCAGUGAAGGCCCAUUGAGGGAUUUUCAUUUGCAAGGACAGGAAAAUGAUCCAGAUGCCCCGGUUCCAGCCCAAAAUGCCGCUGUGACUGCCAAAUAUGCCUGCCUGUGGAAUCGUCCCAACACCAAGAAGCAUAAAACAUGGGAAGGAGACGGGAUGGUGGAAUUAACUGAAAAUUCUGUCUACUUGAGGAAUUCUGAUGGAUCAAUCAUCACAUCCAUGCCGAUUCCAGCUAAAAAUAUCACCUUUGAGGAGGGGAUGAGGCUUACAAUUGGCACGAAAGAAGUGGAGAUUGUUGAGAGGAUUGAUGGGGAGUCUACGGAACGGGUGGAAGUUGCCCAGAAAACACGAAAUCCCGUCAAAAAAAUUGUUCAACCCGUUCAACCACUUUCAGUAAGAAAUACCCGAGAUAUUGUCCGGAAGGAGGAAGAUCUCAGUGGUUUAGUGCUUCCUGACCCUCCGGAAGAGCACCAGGUAGUGUUUAAUAGAGAUGGGAAGCCUGUGAAUGCAGUAAAAGUGGUUGAAUCCGUUGCUAAGCACCUGAGACCGCAUCAGAAGGAAGGAGUUGUCUUCCUCUAUGAAGCUUUAAUGGGAUUUCAUCAACCGGAAGCAGAGUAUCACGGAGCAAUCUUAGCGGAUGAAAUGGGCUUGGGGAAAUCCCUUCAGGUUCUUGCAACGUGCUUCACUCUCCUACGACAAGAACCCUAUGGCAGGAGGAGCAUAGCCAGGAAGAUUCUUAUUGUCUGCCCGAGUAGUUUGAUUGAGAAUUGGAACCGGGAGAUUGAGAAAUGGCUCUCAGAGGAGAGAAUCUUUGCCUUUGUCGUGGAUGGGAAGCACAAAGUGAAGGAUUUCAGUGUCUCCACCUGUAUGCCCUUCAUCAUUCUCUCCUACGAGAUGGUCUCAACGCAGCUCCAGCACCUCCAGGGACAGACAUUCGAUGUGAUUGUCUGCGAUGAAGGGCACAGGCUGAAGAAUAGCGACACCCGGACUGUUCAGCUUCUCCGGCAGAUGGAUUGCCGCCGGCGGAUCAUCCUCACGGGGACACCCAUUCAGAAUGAUCUCCAUGAAUUCUUCUGCCUUGUGGAUUUUGUCCAGCCCGAAUUGCUGGGAACUUAUGCGGAAUAUCGUGCACGCUAUGAGGGGCCAAUUGUUAAAUCUCAAGCUCCGUCAGCUUCCUCAACUUUCCGUGCUCUUGGGCAGGAGAAAGUCCGGGAGUUGAAUGAGAUUACGGAGAAAAUCAUUUUGAGACGAACACAGGGCAUUAAUCGGGAGUACCUGCCGGAAAAGGAGGAAGUUGUGGCCUUUUGUCGUCCAUCGGAAGUUCAGACAUUCCUGCAGGAACGUUUGCUGGAGAUUUACGAGGAGGAAGCUGAUAAAUCUUCAGCACUGCGAGUUAUUCAACUUCUGCGGAAGAUCUACAAUCAUCCCGCCCUGGUGGCCACCGUGGAAGCGGAUGAGGGAACAAUUGUGCAGAAAUUGCAGGAAUGUCUCCCACCCACAGAGCUGGGAUCUCAUGAUUCGGGGAAACUGGCUGUGUUGGAGGGUUUUCUGGAGGAUCUCCGGCCAACUGGGGAACGUUGUGUCAUUGUGAGUCACUCCACAAAAGCCCUGAAUGUCCUUGAGGGGCUCUGUCAGCAUUUUAGCUACCCUGUGUGUCGUCUGGAUGGCUCCACGAGCACCACAGAGCGUCAGAAGCUCGUGGAUAAGUUCAAUAAUCCCUCAAGUGAUACCUUUGUGUUCCUCCUGUCAGCCAAAGCAGGCGGAACAGGACUGAAUCUCAUUGGAGCAUCUCGGCUUGUCCUGUUCGAUGCAGACUGGAAUCCAGCAACAGAUCUCCAGGCAAUGUCACGAAUUUGGCGGGAUGGACAAACCCGGAAGGUCAUCAUUUAUCGCCUCGUGACGGCAGGGAGCAUUGAAGAGAGAAUCUUCCAGCGGCAGAUCAGCAAGAAUUCCCUGAGUGGCUUUGUGAGUGAUUCCCGCGGAGACAGUGUCACCUUUUCCGAUGCCGAUUUGCGAGAUCUCUUCACUUUGGCACCAGAUGGGGAGUACUGUCUCACGCACGAUGCCCUCGAGUGCUCCUGCAGUGGAGAUGGGAGCAUCCCGGUGCCCCACAAAGGGGCAGAAUCCCUCCAAAUGAGCGAACUAAUGCAAUGGGAACAUCACACGCGACCAAUUAACCCGGAAAUUCUUGAGGAUCUCUGUCUGGGUCAGUGUGCCAGUGAGAUUGUAUUUUUAUUCCGAAACUCCGCACCUGUGGCUCAAUCUUCGUCAUUUUCCAGAUAAAUAUGACUCCCAAAGCGCCCAUAGAGCUGUGAUUUGAGAUCCCCAAUUAUAUCUCCCAGUUCUUUGCA